AGCCCGCAGCCAGCGCUGGUGCCCAGGGUCCACCACGGCAAGGCCCACAUCUGGUGCUAGGCCUCCAGGCACUGUGAACAAAGGCAGCCUUUGGUCUUGAACUCUAGGAAGUGACUGGGCGAUAUUCUGUGUUGGGAGAGGAAGAAACACCCCCUCCACCAGGAUGACAGGCAGAGAGCAGAAGAGUAGCGGCCGGGCCUCUUGGUCAGCUGGUCCCAUCAGUGCGGUGACCAGAGCCGUGUUGGGUGCCCACCAGCGAAGGGCGGCUCUCCCAGACACCCAGGAUUCCGAGAAGACCCUACACUUGGACGCAAAGCCAGGAUGCGUGAAAUCGUACAUAUUCAGAUUGGCCAGUGUGGCAACCAGAUUGGAGCCAAGUUCUGGGAGGUGAUUGGCGAUGAGCACGGGAUCGACUCAGUGGGCGGCUACUGCGGGGACUGUGCUUUGCAGCUGGAGAGGAUCAGCGUGUACUACAACGAGGCCCACGGUAAGAAGUAUGUGCCCCGGGCGCUGCUGGUGGACCUGGAGCCUGGGACGAUGGACAGCAUCCGAUCCAGCAAACUGGGAGCGCUCUUUCAUCCAGACAGCUUCAUCUACAGUAACUCUGGGGCUGGCAACAAUUGGGCCAAGGGCCACUACACGGAGGGCGCCGAGCUGGCCGAGAGCGUGCUGGAUGCCGUGCGCAGCGCCAGCGAGGCCUGCGACUGCCUGCAGGGCUUCCAGCUGGUGCACUCGCUGGGUGGCGGCACGGGCGCGGGCAUGGGCACGCUGCUGCUGAGCAGGAUUCGCGAGGACUUCCCCGACCGCAUCCUGAACGCCUUCAGUGUCCUGCCGUCGCCCAAGGUGUCGGACACGGUGGUGGAGCCAUACAACGCCGUGCUGUCCCUGCAGCAGCUGGCGCAGCACGCCGACGCCUGCUUCUGCAUCGACAACGAGGCGCUCUACGACAUCUGCGUCCGCACGCUCAAGCUGGCGGCACCCAGCUACGGCGACCUCAACCACCUGGUGUCCCUGACCAUGAGCGGCAUCACCACGUCCCUGCGCUUCCCGGGCCAGCUCAACGCCGACCUGCGCAAGCUGGCCGUGAACAUGGUGCCCUUCCCGCGCCUGCACUUCUUCAUGCCUGGCUUCGCGCCGCUCACUAGCCGCGGCGGCCAGCAGUACCGCGCACUCACGGUGGCCGAGCUCACGCAGCAGGUGUUCGACGCGCGCAACGCCAUGGCUGCCUGCGACCCGCGCCGCGGCCGCUACCUGACCGUGGCCUGCAUCUUCCGGGGCCGCAUGUCCACCAGGGAGGUGGACGAGCAGAUGCUGACCGUGCAGACCCGGCACAGCAGCUGCUUCGUGGACUGGAUCCCCAACAAUGUCAAGGUGGCCGUCUGCGACAUCCCGCCGCCGGGGCUGAGCAUGGCCGCCACCUUCAUGGGCAACAGCACGGCCGUGCAGGAGCUCUUCAGCCGCGUGGCUGAGCACUUCUCGGCCAUGUUCCGCAGGAGGGCAUUUGUGCACUGGUACACCAGCGAGGGCAUGGACGUGGGCGAGUUUGCCGAGGCCGAGAGCAACAUCCAUGACCUGGUGUCCGAGUAUCAGCAGCUCCAGGACGCCAAAGCCGCUGAGGAGGAGGAGGACGCAGAGGCCGUGGGGGAGGCAGAAAUGGAGCCGGAAGACGGGCCCCAGGUACCUGGUGAGGCCGCGUGAGGCCUACGCAGGGUCCCUGCAGGGUCCCUGUCCCGGAGACAGGGCCCAGGUGGGAGCUGGGGGCACUGGGGCCUCCUGCUGGCAUUCGCUAACCUUCGAGACUUCCAUACUCCUGUGCAAACUCUAUUAACUGGUUUUUAAUAGCAAAGUGAAUUUGUCGUGAAGCACUGCCUUUGUUUAACAAUGUUGAUUGGGUAGUCACUGCACGCACAGCUCCCUACCAGACACCAAGACUCCGGGUGUGCAGCAUGUGCUCUCCACACUUUCGUGGUGCUGACAAGCACCCUGCCACCCUUGCUUGGCACCCUUGCUAAGAGUCUUACCCUAGGUUCUGUCAUGUAUGCUGCCCAGCAUCCUACCUCCUGGUACUUGCUGGCCUCCAGAAGAGCCAGGUGACUAAUUGGUACGUGGGGAGCUGUGCAGCCAAGGCAAGUGAGUCAGCAUCCACUAGUGAAUUGUGUAGACCUUGUGUGCACGUCAGCGUACUAACUGGAAAGGGAAAAAGGGAGGAAAAAAAAAGUGGCAAUGCUUUUCAUCAAAAUACCUGGCCAACCUCCCUCCCGCAAAACAACAGGCAAAACUCACCAACUCCAAUCCUCUGAUCUUUAUUUCUGAAUAGCUAGCUUUUAAUGUGUGUGUUGAGAUAGUUUCUUAUGAGUGUUGGAUUCUGGGAAUUCAUUAAUCACCAUCUUCAGUUUUCCUUGUAAAGGCUAUUUCAAAAUGCCCUUUUCACUUUCAUUCAGUAAACACUUUCUGAAAGCGCUCUGUAGCCUCUGCUCUUUCAGAAAGGGCACCCGGUGUGCUGGGCAACCAUUCAAAUGCAGGAAUUCGGCAGCCGCCUGCUGCAGCGUCCUUCCUCCUUGUGGAGGACGUGGGCUCAUUAGGGAACUUUUACAGUUCAAAUUAAUUUGCAGAAGUUGCCAUAAAUGUUUGCAUGAUGACACAGCUUUAGCCAUUACCAGAGUUUAAUCUGCUCACAUUACAACAGGACCAAAUACACAGGAGUGUAAUCAAAUCAUCCAUAACUUUUUAAUUACAGUUUACCUAUUUCUGACAUACAGCACAGCCAUCCCUUCCAGGGCCAUAAGGGUCUUAAUGGCCUUCUAGAAUUACCACUGAGCUAUCCUAUUUGAUCCAUGGGUAGUCAGCAAUGGAAGAGGCUCUGACCCUCCCUGCAGGAAAUAUUUACUUGCAACCAACUAGGCUCUGGUUUCCCGAUUCGUGUUUGUAAUCUGCAAUAAGGAUAGCAGGUGGCUGCACGACACUGGCUGCUCAUGCUGAGAAACAUCACUCCUCAUGUAUGCAUUGUGAUAUAACUACAUAAAAUCUGUAUGGAGAGAAAACGAGGUUCUGCUAAUCAGCUUCACAAGCCUUUUAUCUACAACACUUAAAAAAGAGUUUUAAACACUUUCUACUUGUGGUUCAAGCACUAAAACCAAAAGCAGAUUUAUUAGGAAACUGUACCUAUGCUGUUUGAAGUUCAUAACUUCUUAAAAACUAAAAAGACUUAUGACCUUUGAAGUUAUAAGAAUUUAUAUAUGCUUCCUCUAGCACUUUCUUUCUCCAAUCUAAAAAGGCAAUCAAAUAGAUACAAGAAUACAAAUCUAAAUUAAAAAAGAAAAAAAAAAACCUGCUGAUUUAUAUUACUGUCAAGAUUUUUGUUUGCUCAAUAGUAAUCAUUAAAGUACAAGGAAAUUCAAUUUUAAAUGGCUAAAUUGCUUUAUUACAGACUAAAUAAAUUCCUUU